AUGAACUCCUCAGUAUCCAUGAUGAUCUUUUUGCUCUCUGCAGCAGCAACAAUGGCCAUCCCAUACGGAUACGCCUCACCCUUCUUCGGCCCCCAGUACUAUCCCGGCCCCCAAUACUAUCCCGGCCAAUACUAUCCCGGCGUUUUCGGCGCGGACUCGUACUACGGCGCUGGUGGCUAUUAUCCAUACAACAACCAGUUCCAAGGAUAUGCUCCUUACGGCGCAGGUCAAUUCCCUGGCUAUGCUCCUUACGGCGCUGGGAUUCCGGCAUACGGGCGUUCAAUUGCUGCUUCCGGAGGGCCUUCAGAUACCAACCCUGCACAAGUCCUGGGCCGCGCGACACUGGGCAAUACGGCAGAUACAGCCGGCCAGCCAGCUGGGUUAGAGUCAGACUCCGAUCCAACUUCCGAAAACCAAGCUCCGGGGGUCACGCGAGAAGUUCACCAUUCCGUCGGCUCUGUUGAUACCCAUGGGCCGAUGGGCGUCAUUCAAACUCAAGAAACAACUGAAAUUGAACAAACCAAUCCAGCACUCGGAGCUUGA